AUGGAAUGGCUCCUAGAAGACCUGCUUAGGGAUAAGGGAGAUAUGGGUCUUCUCCAAGGCCAGCUGACCCAUGCUCUGGCCUGCAGACACUGCAGCAGCAGCAUCUGUCUCCAGAGUCCAGGGAAUCUGGGCCUACAACUUCUACAUCAUUUGACCGUUCUUGAUUGCCUGUGGAAGCAAAAAUCAGAGGAGGAAGAGGAUGGGGAAGAAAAGGAAGAAUUAUCUCUGGAUCCACAAAAACCAUAUUUUCCUUCCAAAGACCCUCCCACUGGAAAUCAACUCACUGCAGCCCCAGCCCAGCCAUCCUGUAGUUUUGAGGGCCUCCCCAAGGCCACAGAGCCACAAGAACAAGUGCUUGCACAACCCUCAAGCCCUUCCAGAUCUUUCCCUACCUUCCAGAUCCUGACCAACCUGCCUGUGAGAAACAAGAUAGCUUCAGGGAGGUCCCUGCAGCAGAGAAAAAGCCAGCUCUUCUGGGGUCUUCCCUCUCUGCACAGUGAGUCCUUGGAGACUAUUUUCCUGAGCUCAGAAGGCCCCUCUCCACGAAAGCUAUCUAUUUGUCCUUCUGUCUUCUUCAACAAGGUUGCCUUCCUGCCUGUGUACAAACCGUUGUUUCCCUCUUAUCACUCCUCAACUUGCUAUCCUACCCCUGAAGCCCAUAUGAUGGAAGAUCUGGAAGGAACAGCACCUAGUUCUCAAUCUUCCCCUCCUAUCCCACUAGUGUCCUCCAAUCUUAAGCCUUUGCCUAUGGCCUGCAAGGGGAUUAUAUCUGACACCAAGGCACAUACACAGUGGUUUUCACACAACAACGAGGUUUCCUGUGUCUCUGAGAGUCGAGCUCUGUACCCACAGCCUCAACUCCAAAACAUCAGACCCUCCACAUUCUUAUGUUCUUCUGAGGCCUGGAGAGAGAUGUCAGGGGACCCCAGCCUCCAUCAACACAACCCAGAAUCACCUUCUGCCUCUCUGUCAUAUCCUGCUAAUCCCCAGGAAGUCCUAAAUAGGUUUAAAGUGCCAUGGAUAACCAUGAAAAAUGAACACCCAAAAGCCUCUGAAUGUACAAUGCCAACUGCAAGCCCACACCCAACUUGCCUGACAAAAUGCCAUAGAGUCAACCCUAUUGGAGACCUGUCUGGAUUGAAAGCUCUCUGGGAAACCACAAUGCAAAAAGAGAACCCUCAGAGAUAUGAGAUCCCAAUCUUGGCCCCUUGUCAAUUCACAGUACCCAUGACUGAACCUCAAGGUACUGAACCCCAAGGUACUCACCUUCCAGGAACUCCCCCUAGAUAUGAAACUCAGAGGAGAUACAUAGUAUAUAAAGACAAUCCCCAAGCUUUUGAUCCCUUAAUGUCAGUCUCCUAUCAACCAUCAGAUGCUCUGUCAGAAGUAAAACAUAUUAACCCCAAAGGAAGACUGUCUGCACCUAAGGACUUCUGGGGAAACAUAGGAUACAAAGGGAACCCACCUGUUUCUAAGUCUCCAGUGUCAGACCCCUGUCCUCUAGAUACCCUGUCAGGAUACCAGAAGGAGAGUCCCCUUGAGGACCUGUCUGGAUAUGAGGCCAAAUGGCAAUGCAGAGAAAACUCAGGCAAUCUCUGGGCCUUUAAAACUCCAACCUUGAAUAACUUCAACAUGGGUUUCUAUGAAACCACCCCUGAAUGUGUCCCAUUGGGAUCUAAGACUCACUUGAAGGGUAGACCUAGUACAAAAAAUUCCUGUGUCUAUGCAGACCUAGUUUCAUCUCCUAGCCUUCCCUCUGCCUCUCUGCCAGACUUUGCAAUAAUGGGGCCCCAAAGAGUCUUGUUAGAACCUAAAGCUUUAUGGGAGACAAAGGAGCAGAGAAAACAUCUCUGGGUAUCUGACUCCCCACAUCCUGCCCACAUACCACCUCUAGUGCCACAAAGAAUCAAUACUGUGGAUGACUUCCCUACAUCUGCAGCUACAUGGAAGGAUACUGGCAAUACAGGAAAAUGUUUGUCUUCUGAGCAUCCACUUCGGAACCUCAACCCAUACCCAGAUCUUGCACAGCAAACCCUCAGACUUAGUCCCAUAGAGAACUCAUUUAAAAAAUCUAAAGCUUGGUGUGGGGACAGUCAAAGAAAAAACCUACUGACCUCUGAGCUACCAGCUCAAAGCUUAUCCCAAUACCUGCUUGGAGCUAGACCCUCAGAAAUCCUAUCUAACUUUAAGCCUGCUGAAGAGCACAUGCAGCAGAACGAAAACUGUUCUGUCUCUGCAUCCUCAGUUUGGGAAUUCAGUCUACCUCCAAACUCUCAGUUAAGUGAGCCUUCUGAAGGCCAGUGCAACUCUAAGCCUAUGGAGUCAGCAGUAGAGCAGAGAAGGGAUUUCUGGGUCACUGAACUACCAAGCCCCAGCUUUUUCUCUGCUCCAUCACAAGAGCCACAUUCCAACAUUGAGUUUUUAUGUAGAAAUGUACAAGAAAAAGAGGCCUCCCAGGGUCCCAAUCCGCCAGUAGAGAAUCCUCUGCAACCAACUUCCAUCCUAGCUAAAGCCCCAAAGUCUGGCCUACAGAAGGAAAAGAUACUCUCAGAAGCAAAAGUAGAGGCUUCGUCCUCCCAGAGUGGGGCUGUCCCAGAGGUGUGUGACCAGCCUGUGAUCCACGCCUGGCAAUGGAGUAGAGAAUUAAAGCUCAAACUGAAAAAACUACAGCAGAGCCCCAUUUUCAAAUCCCCAGGUUCCUAUCACUCAUUUUGCAGCUCCCCAGUCCUUAAACCCCUAACUCCAGAACCUUGGGGACUUUCCUCUUGUUCCCAACAGACCCAUCCUCUUAAUCUGCACCCCUGCUUUUCAAGUUGUCAUGCCCCCAAAAUUCAAAGGACAGAACCUCUGCCUGCCCAGGACCCUCACUUUUCCCACUCCCCUUCUCAACCCCAGCUACAAGCUGCCAGCAGAGCAGAACAAGAGUCUCAGAAAAACAAGAGGAUGGAAAGGAAGGUAAUGGUCCAAAUCCCACCCCUGGGUCAUGCUUACAUGAAGGCUGAUGAAAACUGUUCAGCAAUGGGAGAGUCCUCUGAGGUUCUGAUCUCUGGCCAGAGACAAGACAAGACUUUAGAAAUACUAUCAGCCCAAGGAAGAGGGAGUCCCAGAAAAUGCAAAGCAGAGAGAUGUGGACGAGGGGAUGCAGAAUUAGGAUCAUCCACUGUCACAGGGGAAAACCACCCUGCUCAGGCCUGCAGACCAGCAGAGGCCCCUAUACACACAUUUUCUAAAAAGUCUCAGUACAAAGCUCAGAGUUCACACACUGCUCUUGCACAGCAGCUUCUCCCAAAUGCUUCUGGUCCCUGGGAUCAACAAAAGACAAAGGUUGGUGAUGCUCAGAAUCCUCGCCAUUAUAAGCGGUGCCCAUCCUCCACAUCCAAGGCUCCCCCUACCAGAGGUAUUCAAAGGUUGUUAACUAAAUUUGUUGGUGUUCAUAGACCCCGCCGACAAAAUCCAGUCAGUAAAAGUAUGGCAGUAACGGCACCCAGUAUCCCAUAA